CUUCCGACAGACACGCACCCGAGUCCAGCGCAAUCGCCCACCGCAGAGCUCAGUGCCGGGAUGGAUGUGUUUAUGAAGGGCUUGUCCAAGGCAAAGGAAGGGGUUGUUGCUGCAGCAGAGAAGACCAAGGAAGGGGUAGCGGUGGCCGCGGAGAAGACCAAGGAAGGCGUGCUGUAUGUUGGAAGUAAAACUCGGGAAGGUGUAGUACAAGGUGUGACUUCAGUUGCUGAGAAGACAAAGGAGCAGGCAUCACAGCUGGGUGGAGCUGUCUUUUCAGGAGCUGGCAAUAUUGCAGCUGCCACAGGACUGGUCAAGAAAGAAGAAUUUCCCACUGAUGUGAAGCCCGAGGAGGUUGGUCAAGAAGCAGUGGAGGAGCCUCUGAUAGAGCCACUGUUGGAACCCGAGAGUGAGAAUUAUGAAGAGCCACUGCAGGAGGAAUAUCAGGAUUAUGAGCCAGAAGCAUAAUGGCCACAGCUGUUCCCGACACUUCCACCAGCAGCACAAUAACAAUAAUUUCUUCUUCCCUAUCCACAUCCAUCUCUCCAAGGGAAGAUCUUGAUGCAGAUGCUAAUGGAGAGAAUCCCCCAUACCCCAUCCUGUCAUGAGUUCUUCCUCCAGUUCUGCUCCAAGAGACCUCAUCAGGAUCAGUGUUUUAUGUAUUGUGGUCUUUAGCGUUAAAGAGAAAGAAUACUGAAGACAAACCGCGACUGCAGUGGUUUGUGUACAUGUGUACAUUUUAAAGCCCGGCCUUACUGCCUGUCUCCCUCCCAGUGCAGUAAGGCCAGAUUUCAUGUGUCUGUAAGCAGCAUGUUGUAUCUUCUCUGUUUUUAAACAGAGCACUCCAUGUCCUUGACUGGGACCUUGCACUGGGCCCACUGUACAUUUGCUUGCACGUGAAUCAUGUCAACUCCGUUCCAUUAUCAUUGGAACUUUUUUUUU